AUGGUUUGCCAGCCGUCAUCUUUAAUAGUAGCUCGUAAGCAUUGUCAGCCUCUUCUUACAAGUAAAGCUAUACGAUAUCUAACAUAUGGCAGUACUACCGGUUUCAAUGGUGAAAGCUCAAAUUUAGGUGUUAAUGAGUCUGAAAAUAACAAUUUUGGUGAACACACCAUGUCUCGCCACUUUAUUCCGUUAUUAUCUGCUACUCCUAUAACAAGUAAGCAUCUGACUACAAGAUGGAAUAUCUGGCGGGUAUCGUCAUCUAAUAAUCGUUGUGCCGAGUGUGGUAAACCACUCAAAAAUAUACCUUCCACUACACCAAAUUCACGUUAUAUGAUUUGUGAAAACUGUAGACGGUUAUUCAGCUGUGGUUCAUCGGAUGAUGAUGAUGAGAAAGGAAAUAUUUUAAAAACAAAUGAAUCAGACAAAAAGCCUCCGUACCCCAAAGAGAUUUAUAACUUUUUGGACAAGUACAUAAUUGGUCAAGAACAAGCUAAAAAAACUCUCGCAGUUGGAGUUUAUCAGCACUAUCGACGUCUUUACCAUAAUAUUGAAAAUAAUCUUGGGACACCGGCUGUAAAUGCUGUAGAUGGAAAUCAAUCUCGUUCAGCUACAGUCCCAUCUGGUGUUUUGUAUCAGGAAGAUUAUAAUAGAACAGGUCGAUCUGACAUUCGUUUUUUCGCCGAGCCACCAGCUCCUCAGCAGCAGCAACGUGUAUUUUCACCGGUAUUUCGACAGCUCCCAGAAAAAGAUGGCACUAUUCGCUUAGAAAAAUCUAACAUAUUGCUGCUUGGUCCUUCUGGUGUUGGUAAAACUUUUAUCACUCAAACAUUAGCUCGCAUUUUGGAUGUCCCCAUUGCACUGUGUGACUGUACAUCCAUGACUCAAGCUGGUUAUGUUGGUGAAGAUGUGGAAAGUGUUGUGCAGAAACUUGUACAAAAUGCGGGAGGUAAUGUUGAAAAAGCACAGCAAGGGAUAGUUUUUUUGGACGAAAUCGACAAAAUAGCUGCUACGCAAAGUGUUCAGUCACAUGCGUUUAGAGAUGUUAGUGGUGAAGGUGUUCAACACGCGCUGCUUAAACUUGUAGAAGGUCAACUGUUUUUAGUAUUGAGUAUUUUUUUCAAUGUACGGAUUAAGUAA